CUGGUGUGGUGAUGAAAGAUUUAUGUGCACAUCACACCCGUUUCGAUCAUAUUUAAUGAUUGGGAUGAAAUAGUGCAAGGUGGUGCAUUUUUUAAAUCUGUAUCGUUAUUUGCAAUAAUGAUGCAUUAACAAGCUGAAGUGGUGUUCAACGUUUGAUUAUAUGUAUAUAUAUUUAUGUAUACACGAAUAAAAGGAAAAACAACGCAAUGAGGUUCGGACUUCAUCUAAUACUUUUGAACAUCUGCGUUCAUCUCAUUACGUCAUCACCAGGUGCGUUUAACGUGACGGAGGUAGCCAUUAUGGCGUUCGUGCAAGCAACAUUAUGCGAUAAUUACAAAACAUGCGGAACAGAGAUCAGCGAAACAAACAGUGAGGCUGUUAAUACAUUUGUUAACGGCUUGCAGUUCCAUUUGCCGAAAAGUCCACCAUUGCUUUGUUGCAGAGAAUGUUCUUGUGAUGUCACUUCUUGUGCCAAGAAGGGAGCGUGUUGCCCGAAUAUUUUAGACCAAGUAAAUUUGGAAGAUGCAAACUAUUUUUCAUGUGAAAUGGCCCAGAUGCGAAAAGGAGGCAGAUUUUUCCAAGCCAAGAACCACUUUUACAUGCGUUCAAAGUGCCAUCCGGACUAUGCGAAAACCGGAUCGAGCUCAGAAGUAAUUUCUUUGUGCGAAAUCAGGACCGACAACAAGUUGGAGAUACACGUCCCAUUACUUGACACUAUAGCAAAUGUUACAUACGCAAACAAAUAUUGUGCGCAAUGUAAUUUCGUGACUGAUACAGAUGGUGCCUUCCCAGCCAAAAGUAAUAAUUUAGUGUAUUGGGAUUCUGGUUUACAGUGCACAGACGCCAACGAAGCGUACUCUAUUUUGGCAGCGUCUAACCAGGGCUUUAUAAAAGCCAUCUUGCAGACAAAGACAUGCAAUGUUCUAUUCAAACCGAAACCAGUCUACGUUGUGCACACAUCUGAAUGCUCUGGUUUCGAAAUCGACAAAUGUAAUGCCACUGGUAACAUUGAUACAUAUGACCCUUGGUUAGAAAAGGCAUGCGGAGCUUACACGUCUACUUUUAACACAAAAUUUAAAAAUGUGUUCUGUUUCCUGUGCAACACGGUUUACACCUUCCGUAUAGAUUCAUACUUUUGCCUUACCCCAUUUGGAAACGGACCUAACAUGUUUCCCGAGUUUUCCUCGUUGUUAACGUUCACACCAGAUGAAAGGAAACCGCCCACUUCCCAGCCGACCGGCUGCUCGUCUGAACAGGUUUUCGACGAACACGAGGAAAUCUGCCGAGACAUAUUCUGUCGCUUUCCAAAGCGAUUCAAUGGCAGCGAAUGUGUGAACGCAGUGGACACGCUUGAUGGGGUGUCAUAUAAAUUAUAUCUAAAAUUCACACCCCAAACACCAUUAAGUAAUGGCCGUCUUGAAGAAUUUGUGGUUUUGCUUGAAAACAAGAUUACAGAAAUGUUACAGAUUUGGGAACUGUAUAACGCUGUAUACAGUUUUGGAAUACUCUACAAUUUAAAUAAGAGCAUUAUCGCUCCAUCUGUGUUAUCAACUGCAAAUACAUUGCCACAUGAUAAACUUACAACUAUCCUAUCAACAAUGUCUACGCCUCUACCCAGCACUGCUCCCCAACCAAGUCGUAUGCCUGGUUUAGUACCAACUAUUAGAGACAAUGAAAGGACAUCUACGGUAGCGGCACCGCCAGAAUCAAUCAAAUAUUUUCUUAUGAGGAUAGAAAUAAAUUUAAAGAAGAAGUACAGCGUUACCUUAUUGGACAAGGCACUUGAGUUUGCCGAAACAAGCAUGGUUAUAGCAUCUAAAUCAUCUCGUUUUAAUGUUACAUUCAAGUUUGAAUUCGUAGAUUUCUCAAUUUCAGACUACUCUAAUGAAUUUGAAAUCAAGAUGAUCGAUCCAGUUUCUGGCAUACUCUUGAGUAAAGCUUUAACUUUAUUUUAUCCCCCAUCAGUCAAAGCCACGACCACCAGUACUGUUCUCACUGCGAGAUUCAAAUGCCAACUCGUAGUUAUAAAUAUAACUGAACUAAAUUCCUUUGAAAAUAACGCAUUUAGACUCAAAAACGGCGCAAUGAUUGAUCGUAAAUACGUUAAUUACGGAGAAGACAGGCUAACCAACGAAACGUUUGAAGUAUGUUGGGAAAUUUAUAAAAAAUCUGUUAACGGUAGUAAGACUACAGAUCGCAAACCCGUGACUGCGACAGGCAUACUCAGUCUUGCAUGCAUGAUCAUCUCGGUAACGUGUCUGUUGAUUACCUUGGUAACAUAUUUCUUGUUUAAUGAACUACGCACACAGCCAGGAAUUAACAACAUGGGACUAUCGAUCAGUCUGAUAAUCGCGCAGGUUUUAUUCCAGUUUGGCAAAGAACAACAUGCCAAUGUUCCUUCUUGGGCGUGUGAGUUAAUCGGGGCGCUCGUGCAUUUCUUCUGGCUUCUCGUAAUCUUCUGGAUGAAUGUCUGUUGCUGGCACAUGUACCGUGCGUUCACCACCAUGCAAGCUAUUUCAUUCAAACAAAGCUACGUUUGGAAAACAUGCGUAUACAAUGUAUACACCUUCGUCGGAUCUCUGCUAUUUGUAGCAAUCAACAUUACUGUGACCGUCGUCAAUACAAACAAUGCCGACGUAGGUUAUGGAGAUGGCAAGUGUUACAUUUCUAUGCUGGAAAUGGUGGGAUAUACCUUUUCUCUCCCUGUUCUUCUUAUAAUUCUAUCGAAUCUUGUCAUGUUUUGCAUAGUUAUUUUCAAGAUUAAAAGGAACCCCACUGUUCAAAGUUCAGCCGAAUCAAAACGCAAUUACUUGACAAUAUUUGCAAAGCUUUCCACGUUGACCGGCCUUUCUUGGAUUUUUGGCUUCAUCUACACAUACACGGGGUUGCCAGUGUUUGUAUAUUUAUUUAUCAUUUUAUCUAAUGGGCAAGGUGUGUUCAUAUUCAUUUCCUUUGUUUGCAGCAAGCGUGUGUAUAACUUAUACAAAAUGAAAUUUUGUACCCAGACAUCGGGGAGGAAUAAAUUGCAUCAGUCGUCAAUACCUAUAACACUUACGGAGGAAAAUACAGCUAUGUCGUCAUUAUCUAGAACACAAACAGAAAUCGAUUUAUAG